AUGGCGUCCACAAUACCAUCACUGCAGAGGGCCCAGGUGCCCCUGCGACGCUCCCUCGCAAGGGCAAUCGCAGCAAGCAGCCGCUCAUACGCCACCCAGUCCGACCACCCAGCAGCAACACCACAGCCCACCACGCCCACACCCGCCGCUUCCAACCCCUCCUCGACCCCCUCAGGGACCCGUGUCCGCCCAACAUACUUCAAGAACACCACCCUCUCGUCACUCGACUCCUUCAUCGGCAGCAAAGCCGCCGACAGCUCGCUCUCCGAAGGCGACGCCUAUGAGCUCCGCACCGUCGAGGUCGGCCCCGAGGGCCGCAAGAAGACCAUCACCCGCCUGCCCGAGUGGCUCAAGACCCCGAUCCCCUCGCCCGGCGCCAACACCAACUUCGGCAAGAUCAAGGCCGACCUGCGUGGUCUGGGCCUGCACACGGUGUGCGAGGAGGCCCGCUGCCCCAACAUCGGCGAGUGCUGGGGCGGCGACAACAAGAACGCCGCCACCGCCACCAUCAUGCUCAUGGGCGACACCUGCACCCGCGGCUGCCGCUUCUGCAGCGUCAAGACGAACCGCCGGCCGGGGCCCCUCGACCCCCACGAGCCCGAGAACACCGCCGAGGCCCUGGCCCGCUGGGGGCUGGGCUAUGUCGUCCUGACCAGCGUCGACCGUGACGACCUGGCCGACGGCGGCGCCCACCACUUCGCCGAGACCAUCCGCCGCAUCAAGUCCAAGAAGCCCACGCUGCUUGUCGAGGCCCUGACCGGCGACUUCCGCGGCGACCUGGACAUGGUCAAGGUCGUAGCCGAGAGCGGGCUCGAUGUCUAUGCGCACAAUGUCGAGACCGUCGAGGGGCUGACGCCGUACGUGCGGGACCGGAGGGCCACCUUCCGGCAAAGCCUGGCGGUGCUUUCCGAGGUGAAGAGGCUGAAGGGCGAUGAUAUCAUCACCAAGACGAGCAUCAUGCUCGGCCUGGGAGAGACCGAAUCGGAGCUAUGGGACACGCUGAAGGAACUGAGGAAAGCCAACGUGGACGUCGUCACCUUCGGCCAGUACAUGAGGCCCACUAAGCGGCACCUCAAGGUCGAGAAGUACGUCACUCCCGAGGAGUUCGAGCUCUGGGGCAAGCGCGCCCUGGACAUGGGCUUCCUCUACUGCGCGAGCGGGCCCCUCGUGCGGUCGUCGUACAAGGCCGGCGAGGCCUUCAUCGAGAACGUCCUCCGCAAGAGGGCGGGCGAGAAGGCCGCCGCCGCAACUGCCAGCGGCCUCGAUGCCGCAGUCGCCUUGGAGCACGAUAAGAAUAGCUCCCUGUAG